AUGACUCUAUCAAACAUCCAUCAAAAAAUUCCAAAACGAUAUAUCCUAGGUUUACUUGCUUUUUUCGGUUUCUUUAAUGCAUAUAUGUUACGAUCAAAUUUAUCUAUUGCAAUUAUUUCUAUGGUGAAACCAACAAGACAUAUAACAUCAAAUAAUAACAUAUCCAUAAUACAAUCGGGUGGUUAUACGUGGAAUACAAAAACUCAAGGUUAUAUUCUUUCAGCAUUCUUUUAUAGUUAUACAGCCACACAAAUACCAGCUGGAUUUUUAGCAACAACUUACGGUGGUAAAUUUUUAUUUGGUGGUAGUGUAGGCCUAUGUGCACUUUUAACCUUAUUUACACCAUUAUUUGCGUAUAUGGGACCAACAGCAUUGAUAAUUCUUCGAAUUCUUGAAGGUUUUAGUUCAGGUUUUAUAUAUCCAUCACUUCAUGCUAUGUGGUCUAAAUGGGCACCAAAAGAUGAUAAAUCAAAAUUAGCAACAUUUGCAUUUUCUGGCAGUUAUUUUGGUACAUUGAUAACAAUGUUUUUUGGUGGUAUUAUUGCUGCACAUUGGACUUGGCAAUGGAUAUUCUAUUUAUCAGGAUUAUCGGGAAUCCUAUGGGCAAUUUGUUGGUUUUAUUUGGCUUCUGAAUCACCAUCAACUCAUCCGACUAUAUCAGAAGAAGAAGCUGCAUAUAUUGAAGAAAAUUUAUAUCAUCCUGUUUCACGUAAUUAUUCAAUUCCAUGGAAAGAUAUAUUAACAUCACUUCCGGUAUGGGCUAUUAUAGCAGCACAUUUUGGAACUAAUUGGUGUAUCUAUGUUAUGUUUACAGAAUUACCAACAUUUCUCUCUCGAUCACUUGGCUAUCGAGUUGAUGAGGCUGGAGUAUUAUCAGCAAUACCAUGGUUACCAUUAGCAAUCUUAGUCUAUGUAGCUGGUAUUAUCUCGGAUAGAUUAACACAACAACAUUCCACAGGAUAUGUUCGAAAAUUAAUUAUGUCUAUAUCUUUUAUUGUAAUUUCCUUGGCAUUACUUUUUGUGACUUUAUUAGAUGCAAAUCAUCGUGCUUUAAUUAUCAUAGGUAUUAUAAUUGCAAUUGGUAGUUGUGGUCCAGCAUGGGCUAGUUUUGGUGUUAAUCAUCUUGAUAUCGGAGCACAUUAUGCUGGUAUAUUAAUGGGUUUAUCAAAUUGUGUUGGUUCAACUCCAGGUUUUCUCAUUCCAAUUUUAACAGGUUAUGUUGUUGAAGAUACACAUUUAAAACGUGAAUGGAAUAUUAUAUUUAUUAUUUCAAUAUUAAUUUGUAUAUUAGUGUUAAUGUUUUAUACAUUUUUUGCUUCGGGUGAAUUACAACCAUGGGCAACAGCUAAUACUGAUGAAUAUCAACAUGUUUUAAAUACUCCUAUAGCAUCACGUGAUGUUAGUCAAGGAACUGGUUUAAAUGAAAAUAAUAUUGAUGAUUUAACAGAUCGUUUAAAAGCUGAAAUACAACACGAAAACAAUACCGAGUGA